GUCGCGCAUCAUAGCAUGUUGAACCUGAUUGACAUAUAGAUUGUGUCUCCGCAAGAUGACCAACAGGCCCUACGAGAUGGAUAUGCCCUCACUGCCGAAGCUCAUGAAUAUGGAGGACGCAGCCUCGCACUGGACGUUCCGGGCCUCGAGUACCGAUCGAGGUCGUCGUCUUGAUAAGUGUGAUGUUCAUAACGACAUACUCUAUACUCCUCAUGGAGAGAAUAGAGCAGGAUGUAGUCCGUCACAGCUUUCUGGACGAGACGGCAGAGAGGAACACCCUGUCCAAUGCAAUGCAGCUCGUGACACGGAUCCUAGCACGGAGUACAUUGAUCUGCACCACAUGGACGGACUCAGCGAGAAGGAAGAGGAUGUUCGUCUACAUUUGCGAGGCGGUGUGGACGAUUCGGAAAGUUGUUCGGAAUCUGAUAUGGAUACUACUUGUGGCUCUGUUGUGACCUCUACAGAUACAUGUAUAGACCUGUCAGCGCCAGCCGACCACGACGACCAGGAGGCAAAGGAUCAUGAUCUUUCUACUCGUUUUGCUGGGAGCCUUCAGUUGGUGUAUCAUGAAAGCUAUGGAGGUUGGUUCUUGCAAGAUAGGCAAAGACCUUUACUUCUGGAAUUGCUUGAUCGCAAUGAUGCGGAGCUCAACAGGCUGAAGCGGAGCUUGGCAGAGCGUACAGACCUGCCAGUCGAGGGACCAGGCCCGGACCAUUCUUGCGGUGAAGGUGACGGAUGUGGAAUUCAUCUUGGUAGUGGCAGUGCAGGGGGGUUCCAAGUUGCCCAGGAAGUCAUGGAGGAGCGGCACGAGAGAUCUAUAAGUGCGCAAGGUUCUGUGGACUCUAGGGUCAAUACAAUUGGUCUGGCGGAGUCGACGGAGCGAAUGGAAGGCUUAUCUUUUGAUCUAAACCCCAGUCGCGGAAGAUCGCGGGUCUCUAGAUGGACGACCGACAACAUGCCUGACGAUAUUGGCCGGCAAACGGAUAUCCAAGAGUCGAAAUUUCUAGGAUCUAUAGGCCAGCAAACCACGCUUCGAGACAGCAACGGUAAAGGAAGAGCAACAUCCCCGCGAUAUCCCGCAAACUCUCGUCCUUUCAAGAUACCUCAGGACCAGCUCAUUGUCCUGCUUCGAAAGUGCUUCGCUUCAAAGCCAUACUGGACAGCGUCUGAUCUUUCUCAGUCCUUCCAGCAACCGGAGACGCACAUCGUCGACGCGCUGCGAGAAAUUGCUGUAUUUGGUCCGUGGCAGAGCGAUUUCCCUCAACACAGCUGGUCUUGGAAACUUCAAUCCCGUCGCAAUAAUGAUGGCCAGAGGUCCAAAGGGAAGGAACGAGCAGAAUCAGCGAACCGUAUUGCGAGGCUGCCGAGGCUUUGUUACUGCCGCGGACCCGAUUGUGGUUACUGUCAGUCGGAAAGCUGGACAGUGUGCGAUGUGCGUGACUUGUAACCAUUCAUCUGGUGCUGCAGACAACACCUCUUGAAUUCGUGAUCGUAUUGGAUGGCAGCUCAUACUUGAGCAAAGUACCACAAGCUUCUCUUGUCAUACAUCUCCUCU